ACGGAACUACCGGCAGGCGUAUUUAGUUUUCGAGCGGAACUAAAUGGUAGAAUUGUGCUGAAAGUAACGUAUAUCUCUUUCUAAAAGUAAAAGAAGACAGAAAAAAAAAUCUUCGUUAUUUGGGACAGCUAUUUUGCUUAAAUAAGAGGCUGUUGUUUUCUUGUGUUGUCUAUAAUUCUGACCUUUGUGGGAGAGAUGAAUCUAGAGAGAGUUCCAAAUGAAGAGAAGCUGAACCUCUGCAGGAAAUACUAUUUGGGUGGAUUUGCAUUGCUUCCCUUCCUGUGGCUUGUUAACGUGGUUUGGUUCUUCAAGGAAGCUUUCAUGAAACCAGCUUACACAGAACAGGCACUGAUCAAAUCAUAUGUAAAGAAGUCUAUGCUUGGUGUUCUGUUUUGGGUGGCAAUACUAACUGCAUGGAUCACAACAUUCCAGCACUUCAGAGCACAAUGGGGUGAGGUGGCCGACUAUUUGUCUUUCACCAUCCCUCUUGGAAUUCCCUGAGUGCCACUCCUUGAGACCACGUAAUUGAGGAGAUUCAUGGCAGCCUUUUCAGCAGUAGCCUCAGCCUUCUUUAGGCCACCCAAUACCCACAUUUCAGUGCCAGAAUAAAACCGUGACAGGCAGUUUCCAGUUAAGGGGCUACUUCUUUAGUCAAAAUUGGAAUUCUCCUUCAAGUACUCCUUAAGGAAUUAUUUGCAUCAAAUUGUGUUCAGAAGAUAAAUGAAAAUCAAAUUGAUCAUUACUUUUUAGUUAGAUUAAUAAUCUGUAUUUCAGUAUAUUUUUGUUGUGCUGUUGGUGUAGCCUGCUGUGUAAAGUAAUCAUUGCUUUAAUACGUGUAUUUUUUUUUUUUUUUGGGACUUUCAUUUUUAGCAAUUUUGAAAAAUACAAUUCAAUGUCAUACAUAGAAUUGUGCUUACUGUAUUGGUCACUUUGAACCCUCUGUGAUAAUCCCCUACGGUAGGACUUUUUAAUAUUCAGCGGUGUUAACAUUGGUUUGUCAAUUGCUUAACUUUGAGUAAAGGAGGAGGUGACAUCCCUGCGCAUAAAACAGUUAAGACUAUCCAUAUAACAAGUUGGAAAAGAAUAAUUACUGGCCCCGCAAUUUAGGUUUGUAUAUUCUGUUUUAAUGGGGUAGCAGGUUUGUUCAGGAAAGUAUUGGGUUUAGCAGUACUGCUGCAUUUGGAUACAUAGUCUCUAAAUAAUGAAGGAUUUGUGAAAUUAAUCACAAAUUUCUGAAGUUUUCUUUUAUAUAUGUUGCAUAGUUUUAAUGUUCACAAAUAAUACAGCUGUUUAUACCAAUUUUGGGAAAAGGUAAGCGUUAACACAAUUUUCACUUGUUGUUGAUGCCCAUAUAGUCUCAUAAAUAUACUGUAUAAUUCGAGACACUGCUAAUCCUGGUACAACAUGUUUAGCAAACAAUGGUGUAUUUACAAAAGUGGCAUUGAUGGUUACAAUGUUUCCAUUUUACAGUUUUACUCUUAAAACAGAAUUGUCAAGAAGGUUCUUUAAAUGUUUUCCGGUACAUGUUGUAUAAUUUUCUUCAUCAAGUAAAAGUGGACUUUUGUGUAUUGAAGCUUGGCAAAGAGGUUCAACUAUGUGGUAGGGGAUGAAAAAGUCAUUCAGAACACCAAAGUGUUCAUUUUCCUAGAGUACAGCUUGAAGAUGGAGGAGGCUGUAGUCCUGCCUGAAAAGUGCAGGUGUCUUUCCCACAAAUGAAAUAUUUAACAGAUACUAGGGUAGAACACUAAUCUAAUUUAUGGCAUUUCGCUUGGUUUGGCAGCCCCUGUACACCUGCUGUGUCUUUUCCUUGUGUCACGGGCUGUUAAUAAACUUCAUUUUGAAGUGGUAACGUUCUUAAUUUUUUUUUUAUAUAAAGGAUUGAUAUAAAACAGUGCAAUACAAAAUAUCAAAAUUGUCAAUCAAGUGAAAUCAGAUUUGGUCAUUUUAAAAAGAAGUCAAUAAAGGAAAAAAAAAAAGUG